AGCUCUUCCUAUUCCUCACAGAAGUUUUCUUCAAUCUCUUUCCCCCCCGUUGGUCAUAACUCUCCAACUGACUGAGUCUUUUCAUUCUUAGAAGAAGAAUUCUUCUUGUGUUGCCGUUUGUUUGAUGCAUAGACGUUAAGAAUGCAGGCGAAUAAUACUAGAAUGACAACAUCAACAGCAACAUCAACAGGGACGACAUCAAACUCAAAGUUCGUGAAAUGUGUGACAGUUGGGGACGGUGCCGUUGGGAAGACCUGUCUUCUCAUCUCCUACACCAGCAACACCUUCCCCACUGAUUAUGUGCCCACUGUUUUUGAUAAUUUCAGUGCUAAUGUCUUGGUUGACGGCCAAGCUGUGAAUCUGGGUUUGUGGGAUACUGCUGGCCAAGAAGAUUACAACAGGUUGAGGCCUCUUAGUUACAGAGGGGCAGAUGUUUUCCUUCUUGCCUUUUCCCUUAUAAGUUGGCCAAGCUAUGAGAACGUGUCAAAGAAAUGGAUCCCAGAGCUGAGACAUUAUGCCCCAUUAGUGCCCAUUAUUCUCGUGGGGACCAAACUAGAUCUAAGAGAAGAUGACCAGUUCCUAAGGGAUUACCCUGGGGCAUGUACCAUCUCUACACAACAGGGUGAAGAUCUAAAGAAGCGAAUUGGUGCGGUUGCCUAUAUCGAGUGCAGCUCAAAGACACAGCAGAAUGUGAAGGUUGUAUUUGAUGCCGCGAUCAAGUUGGCUCUGCAUCCUCGUUCAAAGUCGUGCAAGAGGCAAAAGGGAAGACGAAAGAGCUGCAAUGUUCUUUGAUUACUUAUUUCCUGUCCUGGCCAAACUAAUAAUAGUUUUGAUAUGAGUACUACUGGCGAUCGAUGUGGCAGUACUAGUACUCUAAGGAUUUGAUUGA